AUGAUCAUCUGGUCCGGGUCGAUUCCGUCUCUUCUGCUGCUGACCUUAUCGUUCAUCCUUUCGUUCGCACUCGCUGCUUCUUCCGCUUCGCCACCCCUCUUCCCGCCGUCGGCCCGCUCGAUCUCGCUCGUCGAUCUCCUCAAUGACUCACCCGAGCACUCGAUGCUGCUGUCGGCGCUGCAACGCGCUCGGUUGAUCCCAACCGUCAAUCUGCUCAACGGGAGCGUACUCUGGGCACCUACGAAUGACGCCAUCAAGGCCGAGAUCGAACAUGAGAAGCAGUACGCGUCCCAUCUCGCCGAACGGCACAGCGCCAAACGUCAUCGGCCCAGCCUCAGCUGCAGCACCAGCACCAGCAGCGACACUGUCCGUGCGACGAACACCCCGAUUUGGUCCUACGCCGUGCAUGGCUUCUCUGCACUGAUGACGAGCAAUCGCUCUGAAGAACGUGAUAACCUCCAACUCGAGUUGAGGGACACGUUGCUGUACCACAUGUUCAACUACACCUUGUUCCCGCCUCCGCACGAUGACACGCCUCCGCCGUCAGACAACCGGACAUCCCUCAUGUCGAACGGCACCGGUCCCUUUGACGGCUUGCCACUCGACAGGGUCAUCCUGCAUGAGACGCUAUACCACCCUUCUCUCUCGAGCUUCAACAAGUCGUUCCCCGCCCCACCGACCCUGCCCGGCUCACCUCCCGACAACCCCGAUCCGGACAAGCCCCACAAGGUCGAGGGGUUGCUCCGGGGCCAAGGACAACGCGUCAGAGUCGUGCGAAAGUCAGCAAUCAAGAAGGGCAGCAAGGAAGAGGUCUGGAUUGGUGGGGACUGGCGAGGCGAGGGUGGGGCAGUUGCCGACAACAAGAUUCUCCAUGCCACGAACGGCGCACUGGUCUCCUUGACCGCCGUUCUGCACAGGCCCGUUGAUUUGGGUCGGUCUGAAAAUUCUCUCAAAAGUUCUACUGGAACCUGAUCUGAUGACUGUUCUUUAUCUACCCGUCGUGACUUCAGCCGCGCACAUCCGGACCAACCCCGACUUGUCGACCUUUGCCUCGCUGCUACCCGAGUCGCUUCUGAACUACAUCGCCACCGCCCCUCAUUUGACACUGUUUGCACCCACCAACGAAGCUUGGGCAUCUCUGUCUGAUCUCGAGCUGUACGUUCAUCGCCUGGGUUGAAAAACAAAUGUAUCUGAGCCUGACCGAGACGUCCUUCCCCACUCCAGCAAAUACCUCAAGUCUGGAUUCGCCGAGAAGGAUCUCAUCGAGAUCUUUGGUGCCGGAGCCUCGCGAGAAGGUGUCGGCAAGGGCAAGGUCGGAUACGUCUCGUCCCUCUUCGGCAAGAACCCGACCAACACUACCACUGCCAGUACGUGUUUACGGCUGGCGUUCCGUCCAGAUUGGCCGGAUCAAGGAGCUGACUUUCCCACGUCCAAUCGCACAGUGCGAACGAUCUGGAACAGCACCCUCGAGAUCGCCAUGGACGAAUCGAACAAUGUCGCGGUCAAUGGAACUCGAGUAGGAACACCCGACAUCCUCGCCUUGAAUGGUGAGCGCAGCCGUAUGGGAUUCGCCCAGAAGACUUGAGAGAGGCUGACGCCGCCCAUAUGCACGCAACGCACAGGGGUCAUCCACACCGUACCUACCUUGCUCCUGCCAUCAGGGUCACUAUCGCUGACGGCCGAAAAGUACCUGAUUGCGCUGGAGGCGACUCGAUUCGUGUCCCUGCUGCGCUCCGUCAACCUCUCGCACUACGUUCAAAUUCCUUCGGGCGACCCCGCAGUAAUGGCUACGAGCUACUCGUCGUCAACCUCGCAGUCUAUCUUCGCUGCACCACUGGACGGAGCACCAGCUUAUACCAUCCUGGCGCCACCCGACUCGGUGCUACAGAAUGAAUGGAAGCUUCUGGAGGACGAGGACGCAGUGGACGGCACUGCAGUGACUGUAAGCGGUGGAUCGCUUCCUCCCGCAGGCAGUGAUGCGCUCAAAGAGUUCUUGCUGUACUCGGUCGUGAGCGGCAAAUGGUUGCCCGAGGACCUCAAGGACGGAAUGUUGGUCGGGACGGAACUGAGAGGUCCGAACUUGCGGGAUGCGCGACAACGGCUCGCCGUCAACGUCAACGUCGCAUCACAAAACCUCGCAUCAAUCGGCUGGGGCUGGUGGAGUUCGGGUGACCCCAACUCCGAACGCAAACCCGGUCUCGUUGGCUUUGGAGGUGUCAGCGUCAUUCGCGAACCGGUGGUGGUCGGCAACACGGUUAUUUACCUCAUCUCCUCGACUCUAGAGCCCCCGGCGCCCAUCAUCAACCAAGCCGUCUCGGACUUGCGCCUGUCGACAUUUGUCGCCUCGGUCUAUGCUGCCUCGCUCGACCAUACGCUGGCACACCAACCUGCUGUGACGUAUCUUGUCCCUGACAACGAGGCCUUCACCUCGCUGGGUCUCGUCAUGUCGUACCUGCUUCUGCCGACGGCUCGCGCCGAGCUGCGAUCCCUCGUUCGCUACCAUGCGAUCGACGAGAUCGUCUUCUUCGAAGACUUCCCCCGCACAGGUGCCGCUCGCUAUCCGACGCUCGACUCUGGGGCCGAAAUUCUCGUUCGUCAGGACAACGGGACGGUGUUGGUGCAUGGUCCGACCUCGGGGGGUCUCGCUACCAACGGUGAGGUGAGGGACGCUCGUGUGAUCGAAGGCAACAUCUUGACCGCGACAGGAGCUGUGCACAUCAUCGACCAGGUCGAGCUCCCACCGACGCUCAACAUCACCGCCGUCAAGCUGAUGCGAGGAGCCAAGGCGAGCACGAUGCUCGAACUGAUCCGGGCCGCCAAUAUGACCUGGGUACUCGAGGGAAGGUCGCCUCCUCCGACCGAAUCGCUGUUGAAUGGUGGAAAGUAUGGCGAGAAGAGUAAGAAGCCGAAGGUCAAGCCCGAGUACUCGGCGUACACCAUCCUCUGUCCGACCGACAAAGCUUUGUCCCGUCUCAACAUAAGCCAUUAUCAUGCGAAUCCACCCUUGCUCGAAGCACUCAUUCGCCUCCAUGUAAUACCCGUCGACCCCUUCAUGCCUCUGAAACCCGAUGGCCGGCCCCUCACACUGGUCGACAAUGCGUCGUUCCCGACUCUGCUCGACCGAAGUGAAGGCGGCGAGAGUCGAUACGGCUCGAUCGCAUUCCGCCGAUGGGGUGAUGAUGGCUGGCUCGUCGGUAUUAGUGGAGCGCGUGGUACGGGAGGCGAGAGUGACUCGGCCAAGAUCGUCAGCUAUGGCCGAGCGACCCCGUCGUUCGUCGAUAUGGACGGUCAAGGUCGAAGACUUGCAGGGGGUGGAGUGUUGAUGAUUGACUCGGUGCUUUUGCCCUACAAUCCUGGGUGAGCCUUUUCCCUUUUCUUCGCCGUACUUGGCUAGUGUCUCCUCUGCCCCUUUGUGCUGACUGUCUUUGUGCGAUGUUUCACAGCUGGUUCCGACGCUUUGGAUGGAUCAUCCUCGUCGCUGUACUGGGGACGGCGCUCGUCGCGCUGACCGGCUGGGGAGGUUGGCGCUACUACCGACGUUCUCGCAAGCCGCCCUACGAGCCGCUCGAAGGCGAGGAGGAAUAG